AUGACACAUCCCGACAAUCAUUAUAGCAGAGCCAUACACAUAAAGAAUACGUGGGGACGCCGAUGCAAUUCUCUAAUUUUUAUGAGCACGCAAACGGAUGCGACAUUGCCAAGCAUUGCAUUACCUGUUGACGACGGUCCGAAUAGCUUGUGGAAUAAAACAAGACUUGCUCUGAAGCACAUACACGAUAAUCAUUUAAACAAUGCCGACUGGUUUUUAAGAGCUGACGAUGAUACAUAUGUGAUAAUGGAAAAUCUUCGCAUGUUUCUUUAUGACUAUUCCGCUGACGACCCUCUGUAUUUUGGAUGCAAAUUGAAGAGAAGUGGACAACCUGAAUUCAUGGCCUCCGGUGCUGGUUAUGUACUCAGCAAAAAUGCUCUAAUGAAAUUCAUCAACGAAGCUUAUGAUAACAGUGAAAUUUGCAAUGAAUUGGAGGCGGAUGAAAACAUGGCCCUAAGUAAUUGUCUAAGAAAUAUCAACGUUACAUUUGGGGAUACCAGAGAUGAAAAACAUCUGGAACGUUUUAUAGCUGUAUCGCCCUCACAUGUUAUUCCCGAUUUCAAAAUGGAUUGGUAUGGUACUGAAAUUUACCAUUCUGUCAAUGAGAACAGGUAUACAAGUGAAGAUCACAAAGCUCAUGCGGAAAUGAAUGAAGUACUUACUACAUAA